UCACGUGACUAGGCAGACACCAUUGAAAGUUUCGCACAGUCGGUAUCAUCGCUCAUAGCGCGCGCGACCAAGUAUGGGUAAAGAUAGAGAUGCACGAGCUACACUUCUGUUUUGGAACAGAGCACUCAAUAAGAAUCGAUAGGGGACCACCAACAUAAAGUAUUUAACUUGUCAAAGUAACUAGACAAGGAUUAAUUUUCUCCGCUUGUACAUAGCUAUAAUCAUUGCAAAAUGCGCUUUCUCAGAUCGAUUGACUUGUGUUACCUAGUGCUUAUGGGAAUAUUUGAACUUAUUUACGGAUUUGAUCAGGAGUGUCCGAUCGACUGGGCAAUGUAUGAAUCGGUGUCUAAAGAAAAGGCUCUCAUCAAGUGCUUGCUAGAACGAUACAGCAAUUACACGACGGUCGGACGGCCAGUAACCAACACUUCAGACAUGAUAACUGUUGAGUUCGGUCUAAGUCUUGUACAAAUCAUGGAUGUAGAUGAGAAAAAUCAGGUUCUAGAGACAAACGUCUGGUAUACGUAUCAAUGGAAAGAUGCUUUACUUAAAUGGGACCCAGAUAAAUAUGACGGACUAAAGAAAAUUAUGGUUCCACCUGAAAAGGUUUGGAUACCUGAUAUUGUUCUCUAUAAUUUCGCUGACACCCGGCUGAUAGAGCAGCGAAGUGCCCUUGUCAACGUGUUUGACGAUGGGUCCAUUCUCUGGAUGCCUCAAGCUAUUCUCCGAAGUACCUGUGCAUUCGACACUAAAUACUUCCCGUUUGAUGAGAAUGAAUGUCAUCUUAAGUUCGGCUCCUGGACACAUGAUGGAAACCAGAUGGAUCUGCAAUUCUUUGAUAACCAGUCGAAAUUCCUUGUCGAAGAUUUUAUUCCGGGCAAUGAAUGGGAUUUAGUUGGUAACCGCGGUGAGAGAAACGUGGAGAUAUACGAGUGUUGCAAGGACACGCCUUACUUAGACUUGAAGUUCUAUAUAUUGUUGAAGAGAAAGACAGCCUUUUACAGCUUUAUCUUGCUCCUGCCAUGCACCCUGCUUUCUUGUCUUACACUGGUCAUCUUCUGGGUUCCUCCGGAGUCGCCUGCAAAACUCAUGCUUGGGAUGAAUAUAUUUGUUGCAUUUUUUGUCUUGCUGCUGUUAUUGUCCGAAUCCACACCGAAGGCCGCAGAAUCGAUUCCCCUUAUAGGGGCAUAUUUUUGUUUGUCUAUGGUGAUGAUCACCAUGUCCACUGUGCUGUCUACAGUGAUUGCCAACAUGUUCUUCCGUGGGGUCCGUAUCAACAGGGCACCUUGCUGGCUUAGAAGGUUGAUGAUCGACGGUAUAGCCACAGUUCUGUGUCUGAGGAGCCAGCUGCUAGAACCCGAUUACAAAACAGAUAUGCACAAUUACACGCGAAGCCAGUACGCCGACGCUGAAGCAAGAUAUGCCAAAGUUCGUCUGCUUGACAAUGGGCGGGAGAGUAAGAAAGUUAAUGUUUCGAACUACAAUGAAUUAGAACACAAUAAUGUUCAUGGCAACCAGCUGGGAGACUUGUGCUUAAACACAUCAUUUGCUGCCGAUAUUCGUACAAUAAGAGAAAUAUUAGAACAAUUCAAGGAGAAAAAAGCAAAGGCUGAACUGAAGGAGAAGUGUUUGCGAGAAUGGAAGGUGAUCUGUUGUGUGACAGACAGGCUGUUCUUUAUCUCGUACCUGUUGGUAAACGUGAUUGGCAUUGUUGUCAUCUUCUUUGGACAGCCUGAUCCUUCCUGAGUUUCCACUUGCACAAAAUGUAUUCUAACCCUUUCACGCUUCACGAAGAACCUAAUUAUUUUUAGUUCUCAGUUUUAUAGUUUUAGACAGAAUGAAACAUUAUUUCCCUUGUGUUUUCUGUCAACACAUUGAUUUGCACUAUAUGUGUUUCACUUAAGGAUGUACGAGCGUUUUUUUCUUCAGGAUAUCCGCCAUUUUGAAAAAUGCUUCUUUGAAUAUUGCUUUUCUAAUAAAUAAAUUGCCAAAACUUUAUGCUAAAUAAUUAAAAUAUAGCUAAAAAUGUACCAUUUAACCAAAUAAUUUCUACUUUUUUUCGAAAUAAAUUUUCACCCUUAUUUUUGGCUGGCAUUUGCCUAAAAUUGACGUAAGAUUUACGAUGGGGUAGGGGUAGUUAAUUUCAAAUAUCUAUUAAAGUAUAUCAGGUUUGGUUUUGAUAUUUUCCUGACUGAUACAAAUAAUGAUAAACUAUAAUUCAAAUAAGUUUUCAAGAUAGCACAUUAUAUUAUCUAGAAAAUAUAAUUAAAACAAAAAGAACAAAAAAUAUCAAAAUUCACUAGUUUUUAACAGUUUUUUUUAAUAAACCUCUUAGAUGCAUGAUGACCCCAACUUUUUUCUUUCCUUUUUGAAGUAUUUUUUGUCAUUAAAGCUGCAAAAUAUUUUGAAAAUCUUAACGUCAGAUUUCUUUUUGUAGAUCUAAAUACGUUUUUUUUCCAAUGAAAAUAAAGUGGGUGGGGUAAUUAUGUAAAACUUAAAGAAAUUUGUUAGUGACAUUUAUGCUUAUAUAAUACUGAACUCACCUUGUAUUAAUAUUAACCUGUAAGAGCUGAAAUCUCUAUAACAUAAAGUGGGAUAUUAUAAAGUACCACCACUUUUUUCAAUUUUGCAAAAUUUCAGACAUGCUUUAACAGUUGAUGAAGAAAAUGCCCUAUAGAAUUAAAACGAGUUUGGUGACCUGUGUUUUUUCUUCUCUUGUUUGUCUUGGAAACUAAUGUUCUUCAAGCUCACAGAGUAUGAAAAACAUCUUAACAUUAGAAAAAAUUCGUUCCUACAUCCUUAACACGGUACCUUUUCAUCAGCCACAAAAAAAUGUUGCAAUAGGCAAGAACUGAAACUUGCAGAUUUAUAUAUAAUUAAAUUAUCAGUUUCGUUUUCGACCUUUCCGCUUUUUGCAUUUCACUGCCAGAAUGUAAAUGCUACUCAGUGGUCAGAAACGUUUUGACUAGAAUGCUUGUAGAAAGAAGUGAUAUUUACAUGUGUUUGUUUCUGCUCUUUGUGAAUGUUUGCGUCAGUAUUUUUCCGUUUAACUAAUUUCUGACAAAUCAGGUUUACUUGUUUUAUUUAGUGUUGUAAGACUCAUUACUGUAAUAGAAUUCACUUUUGUAUUGGCUUCAGAGGUGUUGCACAUCACAUUAUGUCACGUGACCAGACUAAAUGAAAGUGAGGAUGCCGUUAUUUUUGCUUGGUUGCGUUCUACGAUUCCAAAGAAUCUUCUUAUAGAUAUUAUCAACUGUAUUUUUUCAUACGACAAUUUCGAAUUUUAUCAAAUCUUUUACUACUACUUUAUUUCAACACAACAGUAUAAAAUAGUGUAAAUUGCACACAGUAAAUUCUAUUUAAAAUUUUCAAAACCAUUUAUUUAAACUGUUAGCCCAUAGAAUUAGUUUGGCCUUGUCCUUGUUUUUCUUCAAGUAUUCCUUAAAGUCACAUUUCACAGUUGCGCUGAUAUUUAGUAUGGAAACAUGUAAAAUACUAUAAACUAGUAAGGUUAUAUAUAAGUUACAGCAGAAAGUCUAAAAAUGGACGAUUACUUGCAAAUUAACGUAUCAAUAAUUGGACGUUAACGGCUCAUUCAUGUGCAAAUUCGUUUCGGUUUGAAAAUCUUGCUCGAUAACCAUGAAAAUGGAAAAAGAAAGCAACUAAAGUAAAAUGAAAUUUAUCAGCCACAUUUAACAUAUUGAUAGAAGCCGAUACAGUUACCGACAGGUCCGUGGCUUGUAAACACAACAGGCAUUUCCGCAUUUUCUUUCCAUGCGCUAACAUUGCAUCGUAUUCCUGUUUCAAUUUAAUUUAAUAGCUACAUAUUUUCACUAAAAUAAAAAAUCUUCUACAUAUAUCCAACGAUUGAUUGUAUCAUAUAUAACUGAUUGCUACUUUCUGAUAAUUUAUUUGACUUUUGUGAACUGACAAAAACGUGGGAACUGCUUUUACGGGUCAUGAACAAAACGGAUUAUAUAAGUAAUUAUAAAUGGUUGAACAAUUAAAGUUCAUUUAGUCUCAGUCAAACUGUAGAAUAUGUGAUUAUUGUUCUUGUAUUUUUGUUUGCAGGCAUACCUUACACAUGAAUGGGGUUAGAAUAGUUCAUUACAUUAAUUAAGGUUAUUUAGUACAUAGUUAUAUAAUGAAUUAUAUAGCAGAAACAUGUUUAAAUCUAUUUGACAAAGACUUUAUAUAUUCCAAAGAGCUUAGUGCGGGUACAUUUUUCUUCUAGGCAUAUAACCGAGUCUGUUUUAUUUAAUUAAAACACUUUUCUAAUUUCUAAAUUAUUUUGAUUCUAAUAUUUCAUAUAUAUAAAGUAAUAGAUCGAAAAUAGUAGCAUUAUUUAAGUCGCUACAAGUUAGUUAGCGUAACAUCACCGAUAGCUCACGUGUUAUUAUUUAUGAAAUGAGAUUAUCACAUCUCAGUAUGAUUUCCGUUAAGGCAGAUUUGCACGUUCGGGUAAUUUUUUUCUAUAAUGUAGAAAUCGAUUAAACCCUGAUUUUUUUUUUGAAAACUUUAGAAUAUUCUUGUUCUAUAAAGACGAACAAAAUAUAUAGGGUCGUGUGCUUGAUUUUUCGCUAUACUGAUUUGAAACAUUUGGACAUCGAAUAAGUUUUUAUAAUGGGAAAAUCACAAUUUUUAGUAUAUUUUUAUCUAAUAGAAAUGUUUAUACAUUGUAGAUUAUAAUGAAACUUCUUACAGUUUUAAUACCAUAUGUCCUAUAAUGUAUAGGUCCGUGUUUUUGUUUUUGAUAUAUUUGCCCAUGACUAGAGAUCCGCACAUUAACCGCUGAUUUUAAGACCUUUUUUAAAUUAUUUAAUGUGUCAAACGUUUUAAUUUCAUAUUUUAUCUUCAGAAAGAUAGAAACGUUGCCGUUUAGGUAGGUUUACUCACGGUCUGCCAAGAACUCAUGUCCUGGCUCUAUUCUACGUUAUCCUGAUAAGUGACGUGUCAUAUUUGCAAUAAAACGCAUGUAAGAACGCAUAUAUGAAUGUACCUUUAAACCAUUACUAUAAAAAGGAAUGACCUGUCCAAUGCAAUUUUUGCAAUUGUUUUCUAUGUGUGCAUAUAUUCAUGUAUUAAUACAAAUAUUUAGAUCUUACUGUGUACAGCAUAUUUCAUCAAUAUCUAUAUUACUUCUAAAUCUUAAACAUUUUUAAGCAUAAACACAAAAAAAGUAACACAGGAUCCAUAUUAUUUAACAAGGAACACACUGUAUGGUGGCAAUAGAGCAAGUUGAGGUUUCGAGUACUCAGAAGAAAAAUAUAGUUGUUACUUUAUUUUUAUACUUUUAGUCCUCUUUAGCUCUCAACCUAUAAACAUCAAUAAAAGCGCAGAACAUCGUCCCUGUUAGAUGCCACAAUAUAUGCAAUUACUCAUCUUUUUCGUACAAUCAAUGCAUAGUAGUUUCCAGACAAGCAAAUUUAAUAGUUUGAAAUAGUACAAUGUAUUUCGUUUAAAUAUAGAAAAAAGUGGAAAUUGCAAAGGUCGCAUGAAAAGCCAGCUUUAUUGGGAACACAUAUAAAUACCAUACACCAGUAGCCUGUCGUCUGCCUACUACACAUAGUGAUCACAUUCUCAAGAAGUUAGCAAACAACAAUACAGUAUACUUUAUUAAAGUGAAAUAUAUUUGUUAUAAAAAUAUCAGAUAUAUUUUUCCUGUAAGAAACUGCAAAUGAAGCGUUAGACUUGGAUUGAGUUUCAUUUGUAUUCAUUUCAUUGUGUAUUUUUGAAAGUUUGGCCUUUUUGUUAUUAAUUUAAGCUGUGUCCGUAAUGGAUUUUUGUAUACAUAAAUGCUCUUAAAAGAGGAUAGAUCAAUGACCUGAUCCAGGGAAAACUUAACAAAACACCGGUCAUGAUCGAAAAUGAUACUACUGCUACGGGUGAAGGUUGAAAAAAGCGUACAAUUUAUUUCUUUUAUAUUAUGAAUAUUGAUAUCAUCAUAUUGAAAGAAAUUAUGCAUAAUUUUUAACGUUAUCAGUCCGUUUGAGCUAGUAUGUUACAACGUAAAACAAAAACGACAAAAAUCCAAAUACAGCCGCCCAUACAGUACUCAACAUAAAAAAGGGGUACCUAUAAAUGUAUACGCACGUACAUAAAGACAAGUAUUACAAUUACACAAACGAGUGCAAUAAUAAUGCUGAAGUAACAAAUAUACUUAAUCAUACAUGAAGAAGGAUCAAAGCAAGGCAGCAUGGAUCGGUCAGUUGCAAUAAACACCAAAGGAGAGAAAUGUUUAUCAUUUUCUUUCCAAAUGUUUUCUACAUUUUACAAAGCACAGUGUUCUAACCAUGUUUUAUUCAAUUCAUAACUUUAUCAUGACAUCAGGGGUUUUAACUGACCAAUCAGAGCGUUGCAUUUUCAAGUACCUGCCAGUUUCCAGGUAUUUUACAAUUAACAUAUAGUGACUUUAGAAGUAAAUGUCACACUAUUUCAGAAGUCAAAUUAGAUUUUUGACUGCACAUGCCUCAGGUCAUGCUACAAACUACAAAUUUUCGAAGCUUCAUCGAAAUAUUUUAUGGUGUUUUUUUAAUGGUUUUGUUUUAGUUUAAAGUUUGAGAUUUUACACAAGGAGUCUAUGAAUGGUUUUAUUUUAGUUUAAAGUUUGAGAUUUUACACAAGGAGUCUAUGAUAAAGUCCGAGUAAAAUGUAAUCAUUACCCAAGUGAAUUUAGUAUCAUUCCGCAAUGUCUCGGACAUGUUAAAAUUAUGAAUAUAAGGGAUACCUAUUUAAUAGUUAAGCUUUUGCAUAAUUAAAUCACUGUCAUUCUUCGCCAAUAUAUUUGCAUGCAUUACAAAAGCCAUGGAAGCCACUGCACAAUUUGAAACAUCAAAAAAGAUUAUUUAUGUAUGGAAUAACAUUUUCUCUUAAGUACAAACAGCAGUUAGCGCUAAAAGAAGAUAUAAAGUAUAUAUGAAAGAAGUAUUGAGUUUAGUAAAAGAUAAUACAAGUUUUUUAUAUUUUUAUUUGAAAGAUUUGAUGUUGAGUUUCCUUUGUAUUUAUACAGCGUAUUCAUUGGUGUGUCGUGUUCAUUUAGUGUUUUCGCUGCAACGAUUCGUUUAGAGAUUGUAACGUGCUGACCUUUAUGUUUGUUUAGAACGUGUAGAGCACGCGUAAGAGUUUGUAUCAUCGUAAGAAAUAAGUAUUGAAGAGAGAGCUGGUAUUGUAUCUCGAUGAGACGUAGUAACAUAUAUACGUUGUGAUAUGUUAUACAUUGUAUACAACACAGCUAAAGGGGUUAGUCUUUGAUACAUGUUGUUAGUAUAUAAAUGUAUAUAAUUUUGUUUAAGCAACGUAAAUAUAUCUCCACAAUGUAUUUAAUGUACACACGUCACAAAACAUUUUUCAAUUAAAACCAUCUUAAACACUUUAAUGCACAAUUGAACUCAUGAAUGCCAUAUUUUUAUAUUACUGAACAAGAAAUAGAGAUGAGUUUGCACAAUACGUUCAUGAGAACUCAGCCAUGUGACCCACAGUUUUUUUAGCCUUCACUAUGUCAGUCGUCAGCCUAUAUGUUCUAGUCCAAUAUGGUUCUGGGACCAAUUAUCAUGUAUUACAAGAAAAGGAACCACUGUCUUCGCAUUGCAUAGUUGUAAGUGGCGACUAAUAGGGUCUGAACACUUCGUUUUGCUGUAUCUCUGUGACUCCAGCGGGUAAAUAAGUCUUGUUUCCACAGCUCAUAUUUUAUUUCGAUGUAAAUGAGAUUUGAAACCAAAGCUUUUUAUCCUGUUUGGUGCCUGUACUGUGUUGGGAUGUAGUAAAACCCAAAUCAACAGUCAAUAUUUCACGUGUUCCACGAUUGUCUAAUAUUUGAAAAUUGUGUACAGAUAGAGCUGUUAUUACUGUUAUUUUGCUUUUCUUAGAGUCAAAAUUUAGACCACACUAGCAAAGAGUAUGACAAAGCUUCAUAAGCAUUUAUUACAUGCUUAUCAGUGAAUUGUCGAAAUAUUAGAGACAAAUAUAUUAGGUAUUUUCCUGGCGAAAAAUAUCAAAUAUAAUUUUAAAUGGUAAAAACCUAUAAAAUGGAUCAAUUUAGACAAAGAAUGAAAUGAAAAGAAAAUUUGUUUGUGUUACAUGAAAGAUCAAAAUAUCGUUCACACAUGAAAACAAUAUUUUAUAUUUUACUCGUAGCUCUGCCACCCGUGACAAUAUUACAUCUGGUGUUUACUCGUGAAAGAUAUUCCAAUCCUAUGCUGAAACAAACAAAUAUACUUUGUUUAUUACAUACUCAUUUAUAAACUCCGUUAAGUUUCAAUGGAACCUAAAAAGUUAAUAUUUUCCAUAUUCGUAUCGGGUGUGUGACAUAAUUUGUGACGUCAGUUUCAUGUAUCUCGUCGCGUUUAGAAGUUCUUUUACGAUGAUAUUUUCAGUUUUACUUUUAUAUCAUUUUUAUAAUAAUUUUAAGUAUAAAUGCGUAAAAAGAUUAUUAGAUUUGCAUCGAGAGGUAGGCACUCGUUCUUUCGCGGAAUAAUAUAAGUCGCGCAAUAUUUCCGCUGCAGAACUCGUACAUAAUUUUCGGUACAAAUCUAAUAACCUAUAAAUAUUGUUGACCAACUCCAAAAUGUUAUUUUAAUAACUCAUUGGACGAGUCCAUUAGAGAGUAGGAGGUCAGCGCUUCAAUGCAUGGUCGCGUCGUACCAUGAAAAUGGUACUAGUGUAAUCUAUUGCCCGACACUCAUUAUUUAAAGAGUUGUACCAGAAAGUAAGAUACGCCUAAGUAAUUAUAAGCUAUAUGGACACAUAGCCGAAAAGAGCUUUGAUACUCGUGUUGUUUGUUAAAAAUAUGGACGCUAGAUAUAGCAAAUUUUGUAUGUUUUGUUAAGUUGAAAUUGCAGAUAAAUUACAGAAUGAUUAUUAUAAGCUUAAAAACUGAAUUUGUUGGAUGUGUGUACUUAGUAAAAUCUCAGCUUCAGUGUUGUUAUGGAAAUGAACAUAGUUAUUUUUGAAUGGGUCAUUUAUGACGCCGGCUUUAAUAGUUUUGCCAUAUUGUUUAGGAUCAAUCUCAUCUAAACUCUAUUUAUCAUUGUAAUUUUCACUGUACAUUUAAAUGAUAUUUUGCAAUAUUCCUUAUCAAUUUUAUCGAAGGACAGUUAUCGUAUUAAUUAGGAAAGGCAAUUUUUCUAUUUUGUCAGUGAACUAUUUCUUACAGGUUGUUGUUGAUGUGCAUAAGACAUCUUUAAAAAGUCAUUCAUUAAAUAAAUAAAAAAAACUGAUUUAAUUACACACAACUUGUUUCAGCUUUAGUUAACAUUAGAGGUUUCUUUUUAUGUUAAGUAAAGAGGCGUGAGUGAUAGAUUUGCCUGAUUUACCAUUUCUUGGUAGGGAAGGAGUAGGAAAGGGAAUCUGUUAAAUAUGUUUAUGUGAUUACAUAAGUUAUGGCGGUGUGUUUGGGGACUAAAUGGAAACGAAAACAUUGUUAGCCAAUAAGUAAUUAUGAAAUAAUAAAUGCACUGACGUCUUGCCCAGAAAUUUACUUCACUGUUUCAGAUACUUUUGCUGGUAAUAAAUGGAUAAAACUAUAAUUUAUAGUUUAAAUGAUAUGUUAAAUGAGUAUCUUGCUGAUGGUUUUAACUGUUUUGUUUGACAUAUUUUGGUGAAAAUGUAUUAGUUUGUAGUUCGUCUGAUUUUUGAAAAACAGAAUUUACAAUGUAUUGUCAUCACUUGAGCGCCUGUGUUGGUUAAAACUAUUUUAUGUCUAUUGUUUUAAGGAGCUAUAGAAUUGACACUUUGCACACUUGUUUAUCAUCAUUAGAUGACUAUUAAGGUCAGACAAAAUAAUUUUUACAUGCAUUUUUUAUACGCCCGUUUGAAAAACGGGACGUAUUAUGGGAACGCCCCUGGCGGGCGGAUGGGCGGAUGGGCGGGCGGGCGGGCGGCGUCCACAGACUUUGUCCGGAGCAUAUCUUCUACAUGCAUGAAGGGAUUUUGAACCAGGUCUCUAGGUCUAAGGUCAAGGUCACACUUAGAGGUCAAAGGUCAAAUUCAAGAAUGACUUUGUCCGGAGCAUAUCUCCUUCAUGCAUAGAGGGAUUUUGAUGAAAGUUGGCACAAUUGUUCAUCAUCAUGAGAAGGAGUGUCAUGCGCAAGAACCAGGUCCCUAGGUCUAAGGUUAAGGUCACACUUAGAGGUCAAAGGAUACAAGAAUGAAAACCUUGUCCGGAUCAUUUCUUCUUCAUGCAUAGAGGGAUUUUGAUAUAACUUGGCACAAAUGUUCACCACCACGAGACGUAGUGUCAUGCGCAAGAACCAGGUCCCUAGGUCUAAGGUCAAGGUCACACUUAGAGGCCAAAGGUCAGAUACAAGAAUGACUUUGUCGGAAGCAUUUCUUCUUCAUGCAUGGAGGGAUUAUGAUGUAACUUGACACAAUUUAACACCAUCAUGAGACGAAGUGUCAUGCUCAGUUCCCUUCUCUAGAAUUACUUCCCUUUGUUGUUACUAUAAACAGCUUUUUUUGUAACUUUUUCAUUACUAGUCGUAGGGAAAAAUCGAGACCACUUUUCUGUGGUACAACAUGCACGCUACAUCCAAUUUUGAGGUGUAUUUUGACCAGUCUCUACCUGGUAAAGAUAUUUGUGAGGACUUAAUUUUUUCUUUUUUAAGAUUAACUUCCCUUAGUUGUUACUAUAAAUAACUUAUAUUGUAUAUUGUAUCUCUACCUGGUAAGGAGUUUUUUUGUGGACUUAGAAAAACAAAACACUUACAGUUAUUACUAAACAACCACAAAAUUAAAAUUCCGUUUGCAAAUACAGGUGCUAGAGUAAAGAAAUUUGCUGUGACGGGCGUAUAUUGUGACAUCCUUGCACUCUUGUUCAGAAUUAUGCUCAUUUUGUACCUAGGAAAACAAAAUUCUUACUGAAAAUUUUGUUUAGGUCCACUUUACUUGAACACUAUAACAGCAAUAGCUGUGGGAAGUUUGCAGUCAUAAGUCAGAAGUUACAUAAUGAGGCUAAGAAUCAUAGCUCUUUUCCUGUGUAUUGUUUUACGUCAAGCACGUUCAGUGAACGUUGGCACACGCAGGCGGUGUUCUUGUUAUUGAUAGUGUCUGCCUACGAGUUAGAAAGGUAAAUAAGGCAGUUGCUUAUACUUAGCAAAGUAUGUCAAGUAAAAAAUAAAAAGAUCAAGAAUGUAACAUAAACAAUAUCCUUGCAUACAAUAGAUGUUAGUUAAUAGUUUAGUAGGCUUAUCUGUUAAAGUAUGUAUUACAGUAUUUCGAGAAAGUACGUACAUAUGCAAAUAUUGAAUGUUAUUAUGUAUAGCAUGUAACAGAUGAAGUGUUGUCAAUUGAUAAUGAUGUACUUUUAAUUGUUAAUGGUAUAUUGUUAAUUGAUAGUGGUAUAUUGUUAAUUGAUAAUGGUAUAUUGUUAAUUGAUAGUGGUAUAUUGUUAAUGGAUAAUGGUAUAUUGUAACGUGAUAUCAGGUAUCUCACAAAUAAAACUUUAGCUGCUUCA